AUGGAUCAACAGGAACCGUUUAUUCUCACCGCUUGGCGGCGGUUCAAUGAGCUUGCUGCCGAGUACAACAUCUCACAAAACACCCUCUCGGCCAUCGCAAGCGGCACUGCCAUCCUCUUUACCGUCCUCCUCAUCCGAAUCACCAAUGCUAUAGCAAAGGCUUCCGUAUCGGCCGCCACGGGCCGCCCCCGCCGCUACACGGUCCCCGCGCCCAAGAUCCCCGAGCCUCGUACCUACGUCGACGUCCCCUCUGUCAAGGUCUCGGGCAGCUCCGCUGUUCAAUGCUAUGCUCCCGCUACGGGACAAUUCCUCGGAAACGUGAACGCCGCGACGCCUGCUGCUAUCGACCGCGCCGUUGCUUCGGCAGCUUCUGCUCAGAAGAUAUGGGCCGAGACUACGUUUGACCAGCGCCGGGCUGUUCUGCGCUCGAUCAUGCAGCACGUUCUUGACAAUGCGGAGGAGAUUGUCAAGAUUGCUUGCUUGGAUAGUGGCAAGACCAUGGUUGAUGCUCAGCUUGGUGAGAUUCUCGUCACGGUUGAGAAGCUCCAAUGGACUCUUGCCCAUGGCGAGAAGGCCCUGCGCCCCUCGAGACGUCCCACCAACUUUCUCAUGAUGUAUAAGCGCAACACGGUGCACUAUGAGCCUCUGGGUGUCGUUGCUGCUCUUGUCAGCUGGAACUACCCCUUCCACAACCUAAUUGGCCCCGUCAUCAGCGCUCUCUUCUCUGGCAAUGGUAUUAUCGUCAAGGUCUCGGAGCAGACGGCUUGGUCGAGUUCUUACUUUGCCGGUAUCGCCCGCGGUGCUCUCGUCGCUCAUGGCUUCGAUCCUCAGCUUGUCCAGACUGUCGUGUGCUGGCCCCAAACCGCCGGUCAUCUCACCUCCCAUCCCGGUAUCAGUCACAUCACAUUCAUUGGCUCUCAGAGUGUCGCCCACCACGUUGCUGCCAGUGCUGCCAAGAGUCUGACCCCUGUUGUUGCUGAGCUCGGCGGGAAGGACCCAUUUAUUAUUCUCGACUCUGCUUCCCGUGAUAUCAAGCGCAUUGCUGAAGUCAUCCUUCGUGGAACUUUCCAAGCUGCUGGCCAGAACUGCAUCGGUAUUGAGCGUGUCAUUGCACCCGACGCCAUCCACGAUAAGCUCGUCGAGCUUCUUGCCCCCCGUGUCAAGGCUCUCCGCUUGGGUCCCGAGGCCGACGUUGGUGCUAUGAUCUCAGACGCUUCCUUCGAUCGCCUCGAGGAACUCAUCGCUGAAGCUGUCUCCCAGGGAGCCCGUCUUCUUGCUGGCGGCAAGCGUUACAACCAUCCCGACUAUCCCCAAGGUCACUACUUCCAGCCGACUUUCCUCGCCGACGUGACGCCCGACAUGCGCAUCGCCCAGAACGAGUGCUUCGCUCCUGUCCUGACCCUCCUCCGCGCAAAGUCCUCGUCUCCCGAGGACAUUCUCUCCAUCGCCAACAUCGACAGCUUUGGCCUUGGAGCCUCUGUCCACGGCUCUGAGCGUGAUCCCAACCUGCAACCCAUCGUCAAGGGUCUGCGCGCUGGAAUGGUCGCCGUUAACGAUUUUGCCGUCUACUACGCCGUCCAGCUGCCAUUUGGUGGUGUUGGUGGCUCUGGUUACGGCCGCUUCGCUGGCGAAGAGGGUCUUCGUGGCCUGUGCAAUACCAAGGCUGUGUGUGAGGACCGCUUCGGCUGGCUGGGCAUCCGCACGAGCAUCCCCCCUCCUGUGCAGUAUCCUGUCGCAAGUCAGCCAGACAGUUGGAAGUUCACUCAAGGUGUUGUUGAACUGGGCUAUGGAGGACCAACACGGAAAAUCAAGGGCCUGGCUAAAAUUCUCAAGAACAUGUAG